GCUCUUCUGCUCCGCUGCUCCCAUCACCACACGCCUUUAUAUAAACUCCCAACAUCGCUGCCGCAGUUACUUAUUCAAAAAAUUCAUCACUGCCAAUUCCCCUAGAUUCAAUUUCUCCCCUCUCUCAUCGCCUCUCCGUGCAAUGGCGGUCGGAACCUGCGCUAUCUCCUCCGACGAUGUCAUCGUCAAGUCCCCAACUGACCGACGCCUCUACAGAUUCAUACAGCUCCCUAACGGUCUCUGCGCUCUGCUCGUCCACGACCCCGAGAUUUACUCAGGCGAACCUUCUGGAGACGGAAAAACGGAAGACGAAGAUGAAGAGGAUGAUGAGGAUGAGGACGACGAGGAAGAUGAAGAAGAUGAUGAGUACUCUGAAGAAGAAGGAGAAGACAGCGACGAGGAUGAUGAAACUGAGGAAGUGAAGAAAGGACCAACGCAGAAGAAGGCAGCGGCGGCAAUGUGUGUAGGCAUUGGGAGUUUUUCGGAUCCUUAUGAAGCACAGGGGCUGGCGCACUUUCUAGAGCACAUGCUUUUUAUGGGGAGUACCGAUUUUCCAGAUGAAAAUGAGUAUGACAGUUACUUGUCUAAGCAUGGAGGCUCAUCAAAUGCGUAUACAGAAACUGAGCAUACCUGCUAUCAUUUUGAGGUUAAGAGGGAGUUUCUUAAGGGUGCGUUGACAAGGUUUUCUCAAUUCUUUUCUUCUCCUUUGGUUAAAGCUGAAGCCAUGGAAAGAGAAGUAUUAGCUGUAGAUUCAGAAUUUAAUCAAGUUUUACAAAAUGAUUCAUGCCGCCUGCAACAACUGCAAUGCCAUACAUCAGCCCCUGGUCAUCCUUUCAAUCGGUUCUUUUGGGGGAGUAAGAAGAGCUUGGCUGAUGCCGUGGAGAAAGGUGUUGAUUUAAGAGAACGUAUUCUGAAACUAUACCAUGAUAGUUACCAUGGUGGAUCAAUGAAACUAGUAGUCAUUGGUGGAGAGCCCCUUGAAGAACUUGAAAGUUGGGUCGUUGAGUUAUUUAGCAGUGUUAAGAAAGGCCUUCAGGCUAAGCCUGAGAUGGGUUUAGAUAUUUCUAUUUGGAGAACUGGCAAACUUUACUGGUUGGAGGCAGUUAAAGACGUCCAUGUCCUUGAUUUAUCUUGGAUAUUGCCUUCAUUGAGGAAAGAUUACAUGAAGAAAGCUGAAGAUUACCUUGCCCAUCUGCUUGGACAUGAGGGCAGAGGAAGUAUACAUUUUCUCUUGAAAGCUAGAGGCUGGGUAACUUCUAUAUCUGCUGGUGUUAGUGACGAAGGGAUGCAUCGCUCCUCCAUAGCAUACAUCUUUGGCAUGUCUAUACACCUCACAGACGACGGCCUGGAGAAUAUCUUUGAAAUCAUUGGGUUCAUCUAUCAAUAUAUCAAACUGUUGCAUCAAGAUUCUCCUCAAGAAUGGAUAUUUAAAGAACUCCAGGAUAUUGGACAUAUGGAGUUCAGAUUUGCAGAGGAGCAACCUCAAGAUGAUUAUGCUGCCGAACUUGCUGCGAAUUUGCUUGUCUUUCCUCCCAAGCAUGUUAUCUAUGGUGACUAUGCAUAUGAAGUCUGGGAUGCUGAGAUGAUAAAAUAUAUUCUGGAAUUCUUCAAUCCUGGAAACAUGAGAGCUGAUAUUCUGACCAAGUCUUUGAAGAAGUCGCAUGAUAUCCAACAAGAGCCAUGGUUUGGAUCCCGAUAUCUCGAGGAAGAUAUUCCACUUCAUUUGAUGGAGCUAUGGAAGGAUCCUCCAAAAAUAGAUUCCUCCUUGCAUCUACCCUCAAAGAAUGACUUCAUUCCAUGUGAUUUUUCCCUGCGUGUUGAGAAGGAAUCUUGCCAAUCAACAGAUUCCGCAUCUCCAAGAUGUAUACUUGACGAACCUUAUAUGAAGUUGUGGUAUAAGGCUGACCAGACUUUUAAACUUCCUCGUGCUAAUACAUAUUUCCGCAUCACCUUAAAAGGAGGAUACAGUAAUAUGAGGAACGCUUUAUUGACCGAGUUAUUCAUAUUGCUCCUUAAAGAUGAGCUUAAUGAGAUUAUAUACCAGGCUAGUGUUGCAAAAUUGGAGAGCUCAGUUUCUCUCUAUGGCGAUAAGCUAGAGCUGAAGCUUUAUGGUUUUAAUGACAAGCUUUCAGUUCUCUUGUCAAAAGUUCUGGCAACAGUUAAGUCAUUCUUGCCAAAGGAUGACCGCUUCAGGGUUGUUAAAGAAGAUAUGGAGAGAUCUUUGAGAAACACCAACAUGAAGCCUCUAAGUCAUGCUUCCUAUUUAAGAUUGCAAGUUUUAUGUCAAAGUUUCUGGGAUGCAGAUGAAAAGUUGUGCUUGUUAAAUGACUUGUCUAUAGCAGAUUUGAGGGCUUUUGUUCCUGAACUUCUUUCCCAGCUAUAUAUCGAGGGUCUUUGCCAUGGAAAUUUGCUGGAAGAGGAAGCUCAUCGAUUGUCAGAGAUAUUUAAAAGCAAUUUCUUUGUGCAGCCACUUCCAUAUGAUUUUAGGCAUAAGGAGAUUGUGAUGUGCCUUCCUUCAAGUGCCGACCUUGUUAGAUAUGUCAAAGUGAAAAAUAAGCUAGAAACAAACUCUGUGGUUGAGCUUUAUUUCCAGAUUGAACCCGAAGAAGGAACAACAUUGAUUAAAUUAAAAGCACUCACAGACCUUUUUGACGAAAUAGUUGAAGAACCACUUUUUAAUCAACUCAGGACGAAGGAACAACUUGGUUAUGUUGUUGACUGUAGCCCUCGAGUAACGUACCGCAUACUAGGGUUUUGUUUUCGUGUUCAGUCUUCAGAGUAUGAUCCUGUCCACUUGCAAGGGAGGAUCGAGAACUUCAUAAACAGCUUAGAAGAGUUGUUGAAUGGACUUGACCAUGAUUCCUUCGAGAAUUAUAGAAAUGGUUUAAUGGGGAAACUUCUUGAAAAGGAUCCAUCUCUUUCAUAUGAAACAAACCGUUAUUGGGGUCAAAUAGUCGAUAAAAGGUAUAUGUUCGACUUAUCUGAAAAGGAAGCUGAGGAACUGAAGGACAUCAAAAAGGAAGAUAUCAUCGAGUGGUAUCGCACUUAUUUAAGACAACCCUCGCCCAAGUGUCGGAGGCUUGCGAUCCAUGUGUGGGGCUGCAACACUGAUCAGAAGGAUGCAGAUACACAAACUGGAGCUCAAGUAAUUAAAGACCUCGAAGAAUUUAAGAAGUUGUCUCAAUAUUAUCCGAGCCUCUGCUGAAAAAAAAUCAGUGUUGAACAUUUUCAAAUUUUGCCAAUAAAAACGAUCAGCAUAUGAGAUGAUUGUUGAUCAUCAAACAAAGGUGAGUUACAUGUAGUUUACCAAACUGAGUAUAAGAUUGAAAGUUGGUGCUGUGAUGAUUGGGUUUGUCAUUGUUAGGUUAUGAUUAUACUGCAAUAUUUAAAAACUUUUGCCGAAAAUUGUUAGGUUAUGAUUACACUUGAUUGUUUAAAAUAUGUUACCAAAAGAAAAGACUAUUUCUGUUCUAUAUGAGGAGCUAUUUAUGUGAA